AUGCAUUGGCUUCGGGAUCUCCCAGAUUCCAUCUCUCGCCUCUCUUGCUUGCAGUCGCUCACGAUCGAUGAUGCCAAAUGCCUGCUGGCUCUGCCAGAGGCAAUACUGAAGCUCUCAGCUCUCACAUCCCUCGAAGUUGACGAUCUCACGAGCUUGACUGAGCUGCCCGCAUCAUUCGGGCAGCUGAAGAAGCUUCGGUCUUUUAAGAUUGACAGCAGCCCGGGCCUAACCAGGCUUCCCAAGUCCUUCCCUGAUCUCUGCAAGCUGGAGUCGUGUGUUUUGUCCGAUGUCGGAAUUUCGUGCCUUCCAGAUGACUUUUGGAAGCUCUCGUCCUUAAAGGACCUCUCUCUCAUGUCACUGCCCAAACUCCGCAGCCUGCCCGAAACUUUUUCACAGCUGCUCAAACUGGAGGGCUUGACCCUGAUUGGGUGCAAGCGGCUGGCUCGGCUGCCUGCGGGGCUGCAGCAGAUGGGGAACCUGCAGGCAUGCGUUGUCAUUGAAUGCCGGCUGCUGUCAAAACGGCGCAAGAUGGUGAUUUAUGGUACAGUGGACCUGGACGAGGGAGAGUACGCAGUGGGUGGCUUAAAGGAAGAAGAUGACGAGGGGAGCGGAUUUGGGGAGAGUGAAAGCGAGGAUGGAGAAGGGAGUGAAUGGGAUAGUGUAGAUUGGAGUGGAGAGGAGGAUGGAGAGGGGAGUGAAGGGGAGGAUGGAGAGGGGAGUGAAGUGGAGGAUGGAGAGGGGAGUGAAAUGGAGGGGACUGUCACGCACUCAUUGGUCGGCAGCUUCACAGGGACCCACGACAUGAACCUGAUUGUUGGCAAGUCCACGAGGAUGGAGAUUUACCUUCUCACCCCACAGGGCCUUCAGCCGCUGGUGGACGUGCCGCUGUACGGCCGCAUCGCCACCAUGGAGCUCUUCAGACCGCCCGGCGAGUUGAAGGACCUGCUGUUCAUAUGCACGGAGCGGUACAAGUUCUGUGUGCUGGAGUAUGACGCGCACUCCAGGGAGCUCAUCACCAGGGCCAACGGGGACGUCUCUGAUCGAAUCGGGCGACCAACAGACAAUGGCCAGAUCGGCAUAGUGGAUCCGGACUACCGCAUCAUCGGGCUGCAUGUGUACGACGGGCUGUUCAAGGUCAUUCCCAUCGACGCCAAGGGCCACCUCAAGGAGGCCUUCAACAUCCGGUUGGAGGAGCUGCAGGUGAUCGACAUCAAGUUCCUGUAUGGCUGUGAACGCCCCACCAUCGCCGUGCUCUACCAGGACAAUAAGGACGCAAGGCACGUGAAGACAUAUGAAGUGCAGGUGCGAGACAAGGACUUCACGGACGGGCCGUGGCAGCAGAGCAACCUGGACGGCGGGGCGGCGCUCAUCAUCGCCGUGCCGCCGCCCAUGGGGGGCGCACUCAUCGUGGGCGAGCAGAGCAUCGUCUACCACAACGGCGCCGUGCUUAAAGCCCUGCCCAUGCGCCCCUGUCUGGUGGAGGCGUAUGGGCGGGUGGAUCCAGACGGCUCGCGCUAUCUGCUGGGCGACCACAUGGGCACUCUCAUGCUGCUCGCACUCACUCGCGACAAGGACCGGGUGGUGACGAUGAAGCUGGAGACGCUGGGGUCGGUGUCAUCGCCCUCCACCAUCGCCUACCUCGACAACGGCGUCGUCUUCCUCGGCUCUGCUCACGGCGACUCGCAGCUGAUCCGCCUGUCGGAGCACCCAGCAGCGGCGACAGGCAGCUACGUGGAGGAGAUGGAGCGGAUGGUGAAUCUGGGCCCCAUCGUGGACAUGGCGGUGGUGGACCUCGACCGCCAGGGGCAGGGCCAGCUCGUCACCUGCUCGGGGGCCUUUGGCGACGGGUCGCUCAGGGUCGUGCGCAACGGCAUCGGCAUCAACGAACAGGCAACGGUGGAGCUGGAGGGCAUAAAGGGCAUGUGGUCGCUGCGGCGGGGCACGUGGGAGGAGCACGACACGUUGCUGGUGGUGACGUUUGUGAGUGAGACGCGCUCGCUGGCCAUCAACGACGACGACGAGCUGGAUGAGACCGACGUGCUCGGCUUCGACCAGCACGCGCAGACGCUCUUCUGUGGCAACGUGCUGCACGACCAGAUCGUGCAGGUGACGUCAUCGGAGCUGCGGCUGGUGAAUGCGCACACGCUGCAGCAGGUGAACGAGUGGCGGGCACCCGCUGGCGCAUCCAUCAACGUCGCCACCGCCAACCUCUCCCAGGUGCUGCUGGCGACGGGGGGCGGCACGCUGGUGUACAUAGAGGUGGGCGAGGGCACGCUGACAGAGAGGACGCACGUGACGCUGGAGCAUGAGAUCGCGUGCCUUGAUGUCACUCCCAUCACUGAUGACAAUGCCAUGGCAGAUGGCACAGUCCCCAAGGCGGCAUUUGCGGCAGUGGGCAUGUGGACGGACAUGAGUGUGCGAGUGCUGCGCCUGCCGGGGCUGGAGGAGGUGCACAAGGAGGUGCUGGGGGGGGAGAUCAUCCCGCGCUCCGUGCUCAUGUGCUGCCUCGAGCAGGUGCCGUACCUGCUGUGUGCGCUGGGCGACGGGCAUCUGUUCAACUUCCACCUCGACCGCGAGACCGGGCAGCUGUCUGACCGGAAAAAAGUCUCCCUGGGCACGCAGCCCAUCGCGCUGCGCACGUUCCGGUCGCGCGACGCCACGCACGUGUUUGCGGCGUCGGACCGGCCGACGGUGGUGCACAGCAGCAACCGCAAGCUGCUCUACUCCAACGUGAACCUCAAAGAGGUCACCCACAUGUGCUCCUUCAACUGCGCCUCCUUCCCCGACAGCCUGGCGCUGGCGAAGGAGGGCGAUCUGACGAUUGGCAGCAUUGACGACAUUCAGAAGCUGCACAUCCGCACCGUGCCUCUCCGGGAGCAGCCCAGGCGCAUCUGCCACCACGAGCAGUCGCACUCCAUCGCUGUCACCACCAUCAAAGUCAGCCUUGUGAACGGGGAGGAGGCGGAGAGCCACUACGUGCGCCUGCUGAGCGACCAGACGUUUGACCAGCUGUCGCACGUGGCCCUGGAGCCGUUUGAGAACGGCUGCUCCAUCAUCGCCUGCUGCUUCGCUGAUGACCCCACCGCCUACAUCGUCGUCGGCACCGCCUUCGCCUUCCCCGACGAGCAGGAACCCACCAAGGGCCGCAUCCUGGUGCUGUGUGUGGAGGGCGGCAAGCUACAGGUGGUGGCGGAGAAGGAGACCAAGGGCGCCGUGUACACGCUCAACGCCUUCAACGGCAAGGUGCUGGCGGGCAUCAACAACAAGGUGCAGCUGCUGCGCUGGGCGCCGCGCGACGACGGCGGCAGGGAGCUGCUGGUGGAGUGUGGGCACUUUGGGCACAUCCUGGCGCUGUACACGGCGUGCCGGGGGGACUUCAUUGUGGUCGGCGACCUCAUGAAGAGCAUGUCACUGCUCGUCUACAAGCAAGAGGAGGGGGCGUUGGAGCUGAGGGCGCGCGACUUCAACGCCAACUGGAUGACGGCGGUGGAGGUGCUGGACGAUGACGUGUACAUCGGCGCCGAGAACAGCUUCAACCUCUUCACCCUCCGCAAGAACGGCGACGCGCCCACCGACGAGGAGAGGGGGCGCCUCGAGGUGGUGGGCGAGUACCACGUGGGCGAGUUUGUGAAUCGCUUCCGCCACGGGUCGCUGGUGAUGCGGUUACCGGACUCAGAGACGGCCAGCAUCCCCACGCUGCUCUUCGGCACUGUCAGCGGCGCCAUCGGGGUCGUUGCCUCGCUGCCGCAGGACCUCUUCUCCUUCCUGCACCGCCUGCAGGUGUGUCUAACGAAGGUGAUAAAGGGUGUGGGCGGGCUGUCACACGCGGAGUGGCGCAGCUUCCACAACGAGCGCAAGACGGUGGACAGCAAGGGCUUCAUCGACGGCGACCUAAUUGAGGCGUUUCUGGACCUGAAGAGGGAGCGCAUGGCGGAGGUGGCGGAGCAGAUGAAGGUGCCUGUGGAGGAGCUGUGCAAGAAGGUCGAGGAGCUCACCCGCCUGCACUGA